UUGACGUCGUGAUACAGUUGUCCUAAUGCGUUUCCCUGCGUACUAGUGCUAUGUCAACUAAUGUACGAUCGACGGGUAACCACUGUGUCAUCUUCGGAUGCACGAACAACUACCGGAAACGAAAAAUGCUGGAGAAUGAAGUCUGUGAAGUGCACGGCCAGCAGCGCGGGCAUUGCGGUUGCAAACUGUUUCACCUGCACAGAUUUCCGCAUGACGAUGAGGAGCGUCGGCAGUGGAUAGCAUGCGUAAACAGAAAGGAUUUUACGCCCUCACAGUCAUCUCGCGUGUGCUCUGAACACUUUGUCGAUGGAAGAAGAACAGAGAGGAACCCGACGCCGAUGAUCAACCUUGGCUAUGAAAGAAAGGUGAAGGUCGGUCGACGGCGCAUUCUAAGGCAACCCUACCUGCCGAGAAAAAAACGAAAAGUUCGUCCCGACGAAACGCAACCAAGAACAGUUCCCGGCAUGGGCUUGGUGCAGGGUGCAGCAGAUAGCAGGGAUGAGGUGCCUAUCACUACUUCGUUUCCCGGCAUGGACUUGGUGCAGGUCGCAGCAGAUAGCAGGGAUGAGGUGCCUAUCACUACUUCGUUUCCCGGCAUGGACUUGGUACAGGUUGUAGCAGAUAGCAGGGAUGAGGUGCCUAUCACUACUUCGUUUCCCGGCAUGGACUUGGUACAGUGUGACUCUAGUGCAGAAAGGAGUCCCCCAGAAGUGCAGCACUGGAACACCGGUGAACCUGGCACAGCACAAAUAUUUCAUGUAGUUCCAUCUGUGCCAACAACUUCUUUCUUGUCUUUACCCGGUGUUUGA